AUGGACAGGAGAAUGAACUUGAACGGACCAGGAGAUAUUUUCCACAAAACUCUCAGCGCCGUCUCCAACAAAAAGAUGGACUCCUUCAGGUCGGCGGCUGGUGUUGACCUGCCGGGGUCCAGGGACCACCAGUCACCCAUCAGCUGUUUCGACCAGACUGACUCGGACCCGAUUCAACCCGGUGGACUGGCUGGGGGUCGAGGGGGACCGCUGGGACUGCCUACCGGAUCUUUGUGCGUCAAAUUCGGAGAGAGCAGCAACAGGACUUCGGCGGCAGAGAGCAGUGGCGGGGAGCAGAGCCCGGACGAUGACAGCGACGGCAGAUGUGAGAUGGUCCUCCUGGCCGACGGGAGAACUGUGGCCGCCGGUAAACCGGAGGGAGGUAAGAAAAACAAAGAGCAGAAAACACUCAGACUAAACAUCAAUGCGCGGGAGAGACGGAGGAUGCACGACCUGAACGACGCGCUGGAUGAGUUGCGCUCUGUCAUCCCGUAUGCGCACAGCCCCUCCGUCCGGAAACUCUCCAAAAUCGCCACUUUGCUGCUCGCCAAAAACUACAUCCUCAUGCAGGCGCAGGCUCUGGAGGAGAUGAGGAGGCUGGUGGCCUAUCUGAACCAGGGCCAGGCCAUCUCAGCGGCGUCCAUACCCGCCACCACGGCCCUUGCUGCUCCGGGUCUACCGGGUCUGAGUGCGGGGAUAAGUGCGUACGACCAGCCGCCUGUGUACCCCUUCGCCACCGGAUUGGCCGGGUCUUCCUGCCCCGAUAAAUGUGUCCUUUUCAACAACGUCACCUCGAGCCUGUUUAAACAAUGCACUGACAAGCCUUAG